CACGACUUCUCACUCCUCGGCUGGACUUGCUGCAAUGUCAAAGAAGGGUCCACAAGGAGUUGCUCAGCUGGUCAAGCUGCUCGUACCGGCAGGAAAGGCCUCGGCUCAACCUCCCGUCGGACCGGCGUUGGGGGCAAAGGGAGUCAAGGCAAUGGACUUUGCAAAGGCCUUUAAUGAGCAGACGGCCCACCUUGAGCCGGGAUUGCCAACACCGACGCUAGUGAACAUCGCAGCAGAUCGUACCUUUACUUUUGAGAUCCGAACCCCACCCACAUCUCUUCUCCUAAAGCGAGCAGCAGGUAUCACCACGGGCGCAGGCAGGCCAGGCUCAUCAGGUGCAGACGGAAUUGCGGGUACGGUGAGCGUGAAGCACAUCUACGAGAUUGCAAAGAUCAAGAUGAAGGAUGUGCCGGGAAUUGAUGAGGAGAAGGUAAGUCCAACAAAGCUGGGUAGAAGAGUGGCAGGCGGAAAGAGGGGGCAGACGCAUGGAACUGACAUUUGACUACCCUCUUCUCUUCUCUGGGCGACCUCUUUCCAGAUGUGUAAGGUGAUAGCUGGAAGCGCUCGUAGCAUGGGCAUCCGAAUCGUCAGAUGAAAGCGCAUUUGCUUUCGAAGCACCAACUCAGAUCUAGCCGCCUUCCUCAGCUUCCGAACAUCCUCU